AUGAAUCCGUUGUACGCGAUGAUUUACAUCUGCGUGUUUGGUACCGCAUGUCACCUUUCUUGUGGGACGAUUUUGACAGCGGUGGAGGGAGAAGAUGUACAGCUGAAAUGCAAAGCAUUUGAGUUAGCUGCGACUCCACCAUGCAGUGAUGCAGAUGUCGAAUUCGAAUGGCUUGCGAAUGAAUCAACCAUCGUCAAAUGUACACAGACCUUUUCCUAUUAUACGGCUGUACUUAACGAGACAAGCGGGGCUUUGACGAUCCCGCAUGUUUCUGGGUCCUUGAAUGGCACAAAGUUCCACUGUCAAUUGUUAAAAGGAGCAGGAACCAACAAUUAUAAAAUAGAACUCAUCGUGUUUAAUGGAACAGACAUUACUGAGACGACUUCCGUGUUGAGCGGGAUUUUAGGAGGGGGUAUCGCCUUGGAAUGUUACGUCGAAAAUGUUCCAUCUGGCUUCCCAAAUAUUACCUUCAAGUGGUUGCUUGGUAACAAACCAUUGCUCGAUGCGUGCACAAUUAAGGACAGCACCAAUGCAGGGAGGUAUAACUAUCACCAUGACAACCAUGGUUGCAAUUUGACGAUAAACAGCCUCGAGUUAACUGAUGAGGGGCGCUACAGAUGCGAAGUUCAGUAUUCGGCUACGACGGUGUGGAAAAAUACAUCAUUGACAGUUAAUGUGCCGCCUAGAGAUGUGUACAUCAUCAACGCCACUACCGGCGAAAUUUGCAGCGGAUACGUGAACGUUGGACCGGGCAUCGACCAGAGCUUCACCUGCCUGGCCACAGACACCAAACCCCCGGCAGAAAUCACCUGGACAUUCGCUGGAAAGAACACAAGCGGAGAGACGAGGGUAGUUGGUACGAGAUUGCACAACACAAGCAGCACGUUCACCGUGCCGUCGUUUCAGCCUGGUCAGCGGAGGAAUCUAACAUGCACGGCAACUGGGGCAGGAGAGAAGGUGGUUACGAAUAUUCGGUUGCUCGGCCAACAUCAAGAAACAGACCCCUCGAUGCAGAGUCAGAUGUCUUUGAUCUUCGUUGCCGUCGGUAUCGCGGCUGCACUUCUGCUUGUUCUUGUAGCGGCGAUUGUCUUCUGGAAACGCCAAAAGAAUAACGUUCCCUAUGAUGGAAACCAGUGA